AUGCAACUGCUAAGACAUACCGCCCGCACCACUUUCCGGGGCUGCAACAGUAACCUCACCAAUGGCGUCCGUAUUCCGCCCCCCAAGCAUUCCAUCUCUGCCGCCGCUGCCCACUUCUCCACGUCUCGUACCAGCCCGGCCAAAAACCAGAUCUACGCAUCUGUUCGCCGUCCUGACGACUUCCACACCUAUCAACUCCUCUCUUCCUCUUCUCGCACACCACUGAUAACACUGUGGACCACGUCUUGGUGCGGGACAUGUCGAGUCGUUGCCCCUCUAAUACAGUCCAUCGUAGAGUCUGGUGUCGGUGAAGCAGAGGGCGGCGUUGGCUAUUGCACCGUCGAAUUCGACUCUCCCGACGUCAUGAGCGGAGGACUAGGCAUGACCUACAUGAUCACCUCUAUCCCGACUCUGCUAAGCUUCGACAACCAAGAGGCCCAGAUACAGACCAAGGUUCACGACGCCAAGAAGCUGACAGACCGCGCUUUCCUCGAAGAGUGGAUCAGGUCUGAGGCUCGGCGGCACGGCCAGCGCGGAGGAGGCGGAGGAUCCGGCGGCGUCUUUGGAGGAUUGUUUGGUGGUUUCAAAUGA